UUUCUCGUAGAACGAAAAAAGUUGAAAUAAGGUAACGUUCCAAUUACGUAUAACGUUGGUAUAUAAUUUCAGAUAGUUUUUCAAAAAAUUAGAACAAUGUCAAUGUUGGCUAGGACCAGCCGAAUUUUAAUUCAAGCAGCUUCGGCUCGCUCUUUGCAUACCACCGGUGUCCAGAGACAGGACUCGAGUGCACCAACUCGUAAUCGUGCAACCUGCACUUUAAUUCCUGGUGAUGGUGUUGGUCCUGAACUGGUUUAUUCUCUUCAAGAAGUGUUCAAGGCCGCUGAUGUACCAGUCGAUUUUGAAUCAUAUUUUCUUUCGGAGGUUAAUCCAGUUCUAAGUGCCAAAUUGGAGGAUGUUACCGCUUCCAUACAGAAAAACAAAGUCUGCAUUAAGGGCAUUUUAGCCACUCCAGAUUACAGUGUAGCCGGAGAACUUCAAACACUUAACAUGAAGUUGCGAAAUGAAUUGGAUUUGUAUGCCAACGUUGUGCAUGUCCGCAGUUUGGCCGGUGUUAAAAGUCGCCAUAAGGACAUCGAUACGGUAAUUAUCCGUGAACAAACUGAAGGUGAAUAUUCCGCUUUGGAACAUGAAUCUGUGAAGGGUGUGGUAGAGUGUUUGAAAAUCAUCACCAGAGAAAAAUCAAAGCGCAUUGCUAAAUUUGCAUUUGAUUACGCCGUCAAAAAUAACCGCAAAAAGGUCACUGCCGUUCACAAAGCUAAUAUCAUGAAGUUAGGUGAUGGUUUAUUCUUGCGUUCGUGCGAAGAAAUGGCCCAUUUGUAUCCUAGAAUUCAAUUUGAAAAAAUGAUUGUGGAUAAUACAACCAUGCAACUGGUAUCCAAUCCAAACCAGUUUGAUGUUAUGGUUACACCCAAUUUGUACGGUAACAUUGUGGACAAUAUUGCUUCUGGACUUGUAGGAGGUGCAGGUGUAGUAGCUGGAGCUUCCUAUUCUGCCGAUGCAGUAGUAUUUGAACCUGGUGCACGUCACACUUUCGCUGAAGCCGUUGGCAAAAAUGUUGCAAACCCAACAGCUAUGUUGCUUUGCGGUGCCAAACUUUUGCGUCAUAUUAAUUUACCAACAUACAGUGACCAAAUUACAAACGCCAUUAGUAAAGUUCUCCUAGAUGGCAAAAUCAAAACGAAAGAUUUAGGAGGACAGUCUACUACUCAGGAUUACACACGUGCUGUCAUCGCCAAUAUUCAUUAAGUAAAAAAAAAUAUUAGCAAAACCGAGAAAAAAAAAUGUUAAAUACAAUGAAAUGUAAGCACGCAAAAUGUUUGCACGAUAAGUUAUUGUUGCGUGCCAUGUAUGACCUAAGAAGAUGUAUUAUUUACUAGUAUCUUAAAAAUGCUAGUCUCCGAAUACUGCGUAAUUUAUUUUAAAUAAACCAAUUAAAAAAUCUCACACAAAAAUA